AUGUCAAAUAGUCAACCACCCCCUUCAUAUGGGGGUCACCCCAGCUAUGCACAGUGGCCGCCUCCUUACCCUGGCAUGAUGCCUCCGAAUAUCCCACCGGGCCAGUAUCCUCCUCCCAUCCCACCACCUCUCGCCAACACCGGCCAACCCUUCCCAUAUCAUAUGGGAGGUUUUGACCCAAACGCGACCAUCCCCAUGCCCCCCAACGGCGCACCAACUGGUCCUGGGAUUUUUUAUCCACCUCCUUUCCCUUUCAUGCAACCACUCGAUCCCUCACAAAUGUCGGCACAGUCAUUUCCUCCCACGCCCAUGCCUCCGCUUGGCUAUCCACAAUUCCCAGCGCCGCCGGGGUCCUCACAACCUGCCCCCGGGCCCUGGGACGCGCAUUCAGCAGACACGAGUCGAGCGCCAAUUUCUCAAUCUCAGACGAGAGCCACUAGUUACACCAAUUCGAAUCGUGAAGAUGGCGAGGUAGGCGACGAAGAAACGAGUCCAGCCUACAGGGUGACGGAAGCCUCGAGACCUGCCAACGGUCCCGGUCUGGUUCAAACAUCUUCUGCGCCACGUGACGAUUUGGAAGAAGGUGAAGCACUUUCAUCGCGAUCGUCUAGCAGAAGCAGUUCGCCCUACAACCCCCCUCUGUCAGUUUCGGCCGAUGCCGACGUGGUUAACCGUGCGAUCGAGAUGCAAAAGCGAGAAGUGACGACAGCGACUUCAGAGGACUCACAGCCAUCCAUUCCAGCAGCACAGCUGCGAGUUCAGGCACAGGGAGCUUUACUUAGCCUUGCGCCUCACAACAUCCGGUACAAUGAGCUAGUAGCUGAGGGUAUUAACCCAGCACUCUUGAAGCAACUUUACGAAGACAUCGGAAUUAAAGUUGCAGCCACCGAAACUCAGAAGAAAGCCGCGUCCAUCACUCUUCCCUCAGGGCCAUCCAAUGUGCCCAAGACGAAAGAUCCCGCUCCACAGCCUACACCUACAGUGAAGGCGGGAAACCCCACAGAGCUUGUAGUUCUGAACAGCACGGAAGCCAAGUCGAAAAGUCCAGCGAUAAAAGCAUCCCCGAAGCCUGCCACGAAUACCUCUUCACCGAGUUCUACUAAGCCCAUGGAAAGAAAGGAGGUCAUUGCCCGGAUGCUUGCUGCCAAAGCCGCUGCGAAAGCAUCGGAGCCCAAGGUCUCUCCUAAAGCCACUCCUACCCCGACCCCGCCAGCAGCCCCGGCGGCAAAGACGAACGGAGCUGGCGUGAAAGAGAAGAACAGAGCGAAAACAGAGUUGGCAAGGCAAAGGAUUGAGGAGCUUAAGCGACAAGCCAUGGUGAAAAGGGAAGAAAAGAACCAGCAACUCAGCCAGGCUCCUCCUAACCCGGCUCAGUCUGAUGAGUUUUCAGAGGGCGCUGCCCAAGCCGUGCAGCACCCUCUUCCUGUUCGCCCCCCUCCGCCAUCUUCCGAUCCCGCCAAACUUCCAGGCCUCCUUUUGACGGGUUCCGAUCCAGAAAACGGUCUGCCUUCUACUCCUCCGGCAUCCCAGGUUAUUGCUGUCGACUCAACUCCAGUAAGCCUUUCAGCUACUCUGCCCCCCCCCUCUGAUUCCGAAAGCAAGCUUAUCAUUGAUAUCAGCGAAGAUGAGUCUCUCUACGGUGAUGACGAGGGUGCGAAUAUGGAUGUGGACUCCAGUCCGGAACAGGAGUUGGCCCCUGCUCCUUCCCUCGAUGCCAUCAAACCAGCUCUUUCAAGGACUUCCUCGGCCGGAAGGAUGUCUAGCUCUACCUCCAGGGGCACGAUCAAGAGACGAAAAGAGAAGCUUGCUGCCAGCCGCACCCAAUCGCCUCUCCCUUUGGGUGAUUCAACUGUCUCUUCGAGUGGACAAUCUAGUGCUGCCAGUGCGGAUAUUACCGAAACCCCCUCUGCCCCUGCCACCCUGGCCUCCGAUUCCAAAUUGGCAUCGACCACGUGCGCUCACAUUUCUACUCUUGUGGAUCGGCCCGAUCUCAUUGAUACCUUCAGUGAAUCCUCCAUCAGAGUUCUUGCCUCCAUGGAUAUCACACAGUUGGACAGCAUCCGUUCUAAGAUCCUGCGCAUGAAAGAAAUUGAGUCUGGUCUCCCGGAACUAGAUAUUGAAAUUGAGUCAUCCGAGCAGCGUCUGGCUGCCUGCAAAGAGGAGGCCAACAUCCUGCUAGCGGAAAUUACAAAGGGCAAAGAAGGACGUAUUCUACUUGUUGAUGAACUCAAGAGACUCAGUGAUGAGAUCGAUGGCUUGACAUUAGAAGAUCUUGAUGAGCUUCGCCGACAAGCUGAGAUUAAGGAGCAGCACCUCGCUACAAAAGAAGCUUCGCCGGUUGCAACGGUUUCUGCAGAUGCCAGAAGCAGCCCCGUUCCUAGCACACACGUUUUACCCAAUGUCGAGGCAGUGACAAACAUUCCCGAGGCUCAAGUCAACGGAACAGCGCAAAUCGACGACAUGGAGGAUGUUCAGGAGGCAGCAUCGCCUUCUGAAUCAAACUCUGGCGGAUCUGCCAUGGAUGAAUCCGAUGAUAGUUACCGUUCCGAAGAAAGACCAUCCAUUCAAGAAGAGGCUGCUGUCUCAAGUCCUCUUGCCGAUGCAGAACCUGUCCUCGAAGCUGCUGGCGAGGCUAGUAUCGAUCAUUCGAACUCAGCAGCUUCAGGACAUCCUCUGCCCAGGCAAUCGCUGUCAGCAGCUGAAGAAGACAGCAUGAUUGACGAUCAAAGUCCAGCCCAAGAAACCGAGCAAUCUCAACGGGAAACCUCAGAGGAAUCAGAUGAUUAUGAGCCCCCUGAGCCUGACACUGGAGCAGAAUCGCCUGGUUCAGCAUAUAGUCCUCCCCUAAGCCCCGCCCCACUCGCCAUUCUGGACGGUCCUCCGAAUUCCGCUCCUUUGAAUGAACAACCUCCUAAUGAAGUAUUCAUGAGUGCACCGCCUCCCGUUCCAGCCUGGGAGCCACGACAGAUGACCGAAAUUCUUGGGGCACCUGGUACCGGAGUAUCACCUGCGCAACUGGACCCGAAAUUUACCCCCUACAUCAGUCCUCUCAAGAUGUUCCAGGCAUAUCGCUUUCACCCCGAAUUCCUGAACGACGUUUCGGACGGUUACCGUUCGCUAACAUACAGCCAUGAUAUUGAUUCGAUGAAAAUGCUCUGCCCAUAUGAAUUGGCUGGUGGUGUGUGUAACGACAACACCUGUGGAUUCCAACAUUUCCGGGACAUAAUUCCAAGCGAUGACAAAAUCCUAGUGCAAAUGGGAGCUCUCCGCGAGGGCCAAACCGAAGAAGAAAAAGAACAGUACCGCACCGGGUUGAAAGAAAUCAUCAACGGCAUGCGACGUGACAAGGUGAAAGAUUUCAUCACUGUGGCCAACGAGAUAGCCGCAUACCGUAGGCGUGUUCUCCAAGACCCAUCCCGAGUCUUGCACCUGUAA